UGUGCUCUGGAAUUCAAGUUGCCCACAGCGGGGGUUCAGACAUUUACAGAUCUGUUUGAUGAAUUGGUGAGACAUUCAAGGUAAGCCAGAUUGCUCAAGUACUGCUGGGUAAACGUAUCAGAACACAGGACGGGUCUGACACAGAUUACCAGGUGAUCCCUUCCCCAUUCCAGGCCGGUGGUAGUUCUUUUAUACCCCAGGAUUCGCUCAGCAGUACCAGCUGUGCAACUAAGCCCCCAGACCUCAUGCUAGCUGGAGGAGAGGUGGAGGUGGUGGAAAAGGAUGUGCAUCGUGGAUGCACUUCCCCUCAAAUUUCAUCACCGGUUUCCCAUCCGAACGGGCUGCUCGGAGAGCCGCUAAGCAGCUCCUGGUUCAUUUAUUCACAAGCCUCCCAUCCUUCCCGAGCCUGCCUAAGGAUCCACCUAAAGCUGUCCCCAGCCACCAGGCCGGGGGUACCUUGCCGUCUUCCGGCGCUCGAGCGCUGUGGCACCUGUUCAGACCUCGGUCACAAGCCUAAUUGUUUAGAUGCGAAUGUAAACAGACGCACGAAGACUGGGUCCGCCUCUCUGGCAGCGGAGCGCCAGAAACACUACCAGGCGCUUUGCCCAAAAUGAAUGGAAAUGAACGGGUGCAUGACUUGGGCUGCGGCCUACUAGCUAAAACAGAGCCCGAGAGCACCCACCGUUCCUCGCGGCCGGGGACUACGCGCUCUUUCACUACCCUCUAAUCCAGGACACUAGAACGUGAGCCGCCAGCGCGGAAGGCGAGGAAGGACAGCCGACCAAAGAAGCGCGGGCUACCCAUAGGCCAAGGCGGUACCAGGGGUGGGCUGUUCUUGCAGGAGCGGGUCGUGCAUUGGUCGAGCCUCCGGCCUAAGUGCUGGGAUUGGUCGCGCCUCUCCGAAGGCGCCCUCCGCGCGGAGGCGGGGUGGCGGAGGGCGUGACCGGCGCUCGGUCCCGCCCCAGGCGUUCAGGAGUCCGGCGGGAGGGCCUCUGUGUCCACCUGGGACUCCGUCUUCGCAGCUGCCGCAUGCGACUGCUGACGCCGCCGGCUCGUUCGGGGAGUCCGAAGGGUUCCGGACGCGGCGGAACGGCGGGUGAGAGUAGCUGCCGGGAGUCGGGACGCGGAGGCCGGAGGCCGUCGUUGGAAAAGCCUGAGCGCGGCGAAAUCGGGCCGCGGGAGCGAGCGUGUCCGGGCAUCCUCCCGUCCGAGCAGCUGCGCCGCGUUGCUGCCCCGGCUUCAGAGGACUCUCUCUCCUUCGCGGCCUCGCCUCGGGCGUGUCUUGUUUAUUACCCUGCGCGCUCGCCCUGCCCAGAAGUACCAUUUCAUGAAAAUCACUGAAUUUCAGACCUUCUCUCCUGGUUGCUGAAGGACUUCCGGCCACACUGUUCACUUAGUUCAGGGAGCUGAAGCUUCAGCAGAAUCCUGACCCAGGGACAUCUCAAUGGCCCUGGGAGCAGAAAAGGCAGAGGGGGAGGCGUCCUCAGACACGAAAGCCCCUUCCUGUGGGAACUGGAGCCGUGGGGAGCAGGAGCUGAGCCCCGCAGGGCCUGUGCUCGGGGAGCAGCCGCCACGCCUGGAAGCCGAGGGAGGACCCGCCUCCCCUGUUGGGGGCACCGAGGGGCUCCCCGGCCCUGCCUGCUAUGGUGGGAUUGGCCCUGGCCCCUCCAGAGCCUGCCAGCCACCAGCAAGCGGGGCCAGCAGGGAGCCAGCAGCUGGUGGGUCUAAGCCCGCUUUUGGUUGCGUGCCUUCUGCUGGCCUGGAGACUGGUGAUCUGCCCUCUGCGGGAAGCCAGAUGGAGGAGACCAGGCUUCCUGCCCCGGAGGCGCUACCUCAGACUCACGCCAUUCCCAGAGCUGCUGCUCUUUACUUGGGACACGAUGCUGACACCGAAGAUGGCCCGUCCCCUGUGGAAUCGCCGCAGGUGCCAGACCUCUGCCCACAGUCUCCCAUCUCGGGCUUCCCGUGCCCGUCAAGGUGGAGGUCGGCCGUGAGCCCGGGGACACCCGCGCCACCAUCUUCCAGUUGCAGCAUGUCCGCCUCCUCCCCAGGCAGCAGUCUCCAGGGUCACCAAGAAAAGGCCGAGCCUCGGAGUGGCUGCCUUGCCAAGGUCUCCUCCUCCUUGGAGCUGGCUGUCCCGCCAUCAGCACCCUCAGUGGUAGGCCCUGGGCCUCGGCUCCAGUGGUUGCCCCAGCCUGUGUCCUCAGCGGGUGAUGCCCCCGGGCUGGGCAGGAGACGCCUCUCCUUCCAGGCCGAGUACUGGGCCUGUGUGCUGCCCGAUUCCCUGCCUCCCUCCCCAGACCGCCGCUCCCCACUCUGGAACCCGAACAAAGAGUACGAAGAUCUGCUGGACUACACCUAUCCCCUCAGGCCCGGGCCCCGGCUCCCGAAGCAGCUCGAUAGCCACGUGCUGGCUGAGCCUGUCCUGCAGGACUCGGGCAUAGACCUGGAUAGCUUCUCUGUCUCCCCGGCGAGCACCCUUAAGUCACCCACUAACGUCUCCCACAGUUGCCCACCAGCCGCGGCCGCUGCCCUGCCGUUCUCUGGGCCCAGAGAGCCAAGCCUUAAGCGGGGGCCCUCUGGAGUACCUCAGAAGCAGGGUGGUGUGGGGUUAGCAUCUUGCAGCCCCUUUGCCUCUACCCCCAGAGCCCCAAGCGGUAGGGCCACUCCUUGGGUGAGCAGAGAGCCAGCCCGGAGGAACCUGAGGGACUGGCCACCUGUGGGCCGGCACCUUGAGCUGGGUUCUCCACACCUGAGGACAAGGGACAGAGGGUGGUCCUCACCCGGGUUGGAGAGGGAGAAAGGGGCCAGCCAGGGCCUUGGGCGCCUCACCUGCGAGGAGUCUGGAUGGAAACCCCAAGAGGAGGUGGAAAGUGACGACGAGUAUCUGGCCCUACCCACUCGGCUGACACAGGUUUCUAGCUUGAUUUCGUAUUUGGGCUCCAUUCCCACCUUGGUGCCCCUGUCCACGGAUGCUGCCGAAGGGCAGAGCUCCCUGCGUGUGUCGGACAGUGAUGGGCCAGCUUCCCUCCCGUCAGACUCCAGCCAAAGCCAGCUUCCCUCCGGGGCUACCCUCAGAGGGUCCUGGAGCACUGAGGACCAGAAGCACUGUUUGCGACGCUCCUUCAUCCAUGCAAGGCGCUCUGCCGGAGAGGGCAGUCUGGUGAGCGGCCAGGCCCUGGGGGUCUCCUCCGGACCAGUGAGAACCCGCACCUCCUGGUCGGCAGUGUUGGAUCCAGAUGCUGAAGGGCAGCCUCCCAGGAAGGGCGGAGAACAGGGGAAAGAGUCACUCGUGCAGUGCGUGCAGACAUUUUGUUGUCAGCUGGAAGAGCUGAUCCACUGGCUGUAUAACGUUGCAGACACUACUGACCACCUCACUGCACCCAGAUCCAACCUCACAGGCCUCAAGUCUUCUCUGCAGCUUUACCGGCAAUUUAAGAAAGAUAUAGAUGAACACCAGUCCCUGACGGAGAGUGUCUUACAGAAAGGGGAGAUCCUGCUUCAGAGCCUGCUGGAUAAUACCCCAGUGUUAAAGGAUGUCCUGGGCAGGAUCUCUAGGCAGCCCAGCGCGCUGGAGAGCCACGCGGAUCGCCUGUACGACACCAUCUUGGCCUCCCUAGACACACUGGCCGGCUGCACCCUCACCUCCGACAGCACGCCAGCGGCACACAGGAGUGCCGGUGUGAAGGGGAUUAGCCUGGCUCCUCUAUCCUGUAGGCUCUUCCCACCCAGCUUGUGUGCGGCUCCAUCGGCAUCUUCUCUGAAUGAGAUGUAAUUAUCUGUCAGUCAAAAUGUGGCUAUUUGGAAACUUUCGGAAGUCCUUGUGAGAGCCAUUUAAUUCUGAAACCAAGUGGGAAAUGUGACUCUAAUGUACUAGCUUUAAAAUGCCUUUCUCUUCCCUGAAAGUAAGGGCUGUUGAGUUACUGUUUUUAUUUAAAUGAGUCCUUUCCAGUUAAGGUUUUCCUUUGGUGCUUCUCUACAAAGAGCAUGUAGCUUUGCAGUUGAUCAAAUAAUGCAGACAAGGCUUACAGGAUUUCCUCUCCCUCCGUCCAGUUAAAAAGAGGAGACAGAACUCCUAAACUAGUCCGUGUACUGAGAUCAUUUAAAGAAAGCUGGUAGGAGAAAGAAGGUACCCAGUACUUGGUGUUCUCAGGCAUACAAGAGGAUCCAAAAGACAAAAAGUGACUAGGCUUAUAAAUCACUCUCUGAAGACUGUAGAAGACACUCAAACUCUCCAAAUUAAUAGAAAGUUUUGAACAAAUAGAACUUCUGUAAAUUAUUUUGGGCUGCUAAGAUACCUUUUAUCAUCUUAAGUGCUCAGGGCUCCAUCUGCCUGCCUAACAUUUUAAAGGAGAAUGUGAUAGGGGCUUAAGAAGCUGCCAUUGAGCUUCAGCCCACUAAUGAUCUGCCUUCAGGGUACCUCCAGGAGGAGGCAUCCUCCACUCCUCCCUGGGAAGAGUCAGAAGGGUAUGGAUAGGCUCACACAGCCUGGUUAAAUAGCUGUAGAAGCUAAGGCUGUUCAUGGUGAGGGGAAAAGGGAAUUCUUUGUUUGGGAGUUGACAUGUGAAUACCUUGGAGCGGGGUGGGGGGAACCAAGGAGCAACCAUUUAAAGCCAACUCUAGCUUUUUAAAGUAAAAUGAUUGGCCAUUGCUGGUAACCACACAUUCUGCAAAAACAAAGCAGUGCUUUAAAAAUGUUUUAUUGGGCUGUGAGUGUUCAUGGAAGGAGGAAAGCACUUUGCCUGUUUACUUGUAUUCCAGUAGGCUAUGACCUGAGGAAAGGGUUCUCCACACUUAAAUAUGUGAUAAACACUUCAAGAAAGUCAAAAUCCUUUCUCAAACUCUAGGUUCUCACUUGAGGGAGGGUGCUUAACAAAGGAAGAUACUUUGAUUUAUAAAGAAAUGGACAAAUCACCUGAACCCAGAGCAGGUAACAUUAGAACAGUUACUCUCAUAAAGCAGUCUUCUGAUAUCCCCUCAGAAUAAAAUACUAAAUAAGAAAAUUACCCUCUUUAAGAGAAGUUUAGAACUUAAAGCUGAUCAACUUAACACCAUCUCAUCCAUCUCUGUGAACUAAAAUCCUCAAGAGUUUAAACUGGAAAAUAAGCUGUUAAUAAGUUUUAAUGUUUAAAGAUUUUAAUUCUAAAGGGAAACUAUAAAAUUCAGUAACAGUUAUAUAAAAUGGAGUAUUUCAAGUGCCUCUGCGAUUCUAGUAUUUAUCAAAAUGCUUAAAGGCAUAAUUUUGAUUCUGCUGUCUCAGUUUUAAUCUUGGUUCUGUACAUAGAUUUAGAAAGACAAAACACCUUCCUAGCAGAUUAUUAUAUAUGUAAAAUAGUCUUAAAGGCCUUAAUUGGUUAAGAAGGCAUAUCUAAUAGCCUCUGUACUUAAACUGAUAUAUUUCACCUUCUCUUUGACGUGACUGUAAGUUGGUACAUGCCUUUCCAAUGAGUGUGUUACAGGAUAAGCCCUUGGGAGUUAAACCCAUUUACUGACAUUUUGCUAGGCAUGAAAAUGCCUUAACUAGUUAACAAAAAAAUUGUUUCUAUAGGAUUGUCAUCUUCAAAGUGACCAAUGGUAUUUUACAGUAGUUGAAAGCUAAAAGUGCCAUUCGAUCUAAUAAUAGGCUUCAGCUGACAGAAAUUUUCACAGAAUAUUUUAUUUCAGAGUGCCCUAUUUUGUAAAAAACUAUUACUUUUACCAUCUUUACCGGGUGAUGAUCUAAAGAUAUUUUUGUUCACUUCCUUUGCCUACUCUGGACCUACUCGUGAAUAUCACUGAAGAGCAUCAGCACAGCUAUUAAUGGUCUCUUCGGCAGUGCUGUAGGUUUAAGACCUCCCUUAAAACUCAAGCGGAAAUUGUUUCUGACUAGGCAGGUGCUGCCAGCAGCAUUUCACGGGCAGACAUGGCCAGGCUCGAUUCAGGCAUUAGCCUUCAGGACAGCGGUGGCUCACAGUGACACACCAUGUGGUCACAAAACCCCAAGUUCACCUAUAGUAUAAUUCCCUAGUAGCCCCUUAAAGUAGUAGAACUUAAGUCCACAGGCAAGUGGCAGUACUGGGAGCUAGAUUGGCAGUUUCAAAACCUGGGUUCUUGUUGCAGCUCCAUGGCUUAAGCUCAUCUGCCAAUAGACAAUGUCAAUACAAUGAUACUUUGAAGCUUAAAUGGGAACACAAAGAAGGGCAGAUGUAAAAGAGCUGCAAUGACAACAUACAUGCUAAAGGAAAUUUUGGUCCAAAAUCAAAAAACGUCAUUGCUUAGACCAGAAUGGCUAUCAUUUUGCAAGGAUUUCCAGAGACUGUGACUGCUUAGGUUUAGAACAUGUGAGCUAAUUCAUAGCAACCACUUACAAAAUAUGGCAAGCAAUAAUUCCCUUUACUGAGUGAAUGGAUUAUUAAAAGCCCAUAAUGUAGCUUGAAAUAUUUGUACUUGAAAGUGGGGGUAGGAAUGGGAGUAUUUUCCCCCAAAACGGCAUUCAUUAAGUGAGUAGUGAAGCAUGCUGAAACAUCUUGUCCCAGUCUUGACUACCACAAGGAAAAGAACACUAGAAUUUUCAAAAAUAAAAAUGUAAAUAUGCUUACACCUCAAAUUCACAUCAUUUUUUUGCUGACUCACCAAGAAAAAGCUGACAGUUUGAACAACUUGCUGUAUAAAACAAAAGUGCAUUACACUGUCUGAAAUUUGUAUCAUCUACUUUAAAAAUGUUUCUGAAUUAUUUGUACUGUAUUGAUAAGGCAAAAAAAAAAAACCUUUUGAAGCACUAAAAAAAUUUCACCCAAAUAACUAUUGGUAGCUUGAGGAGUUUUUCAGUUGCCUUAUGUGAAGAUGAAUAGACCCAACAAGCACAUCUAUAAUACAAAGUAAACUGUGAUUUUAUUGUGAAAUUCUCAUAGAUGGAAAAUUAAAUUGAAUAUUUAUUCUGUCCAUUCAUUUUACAAUAAUCUUACCACUUAUUUUUGUACCAUGUAUUUCAAUUGUCUGUUUAGUGAAAAUAAAGAAACCUAUAAUUUUUG